CACGAAGGAAGGAUGGGGAAGAAAGAUCGAUGAAACGAAAUGUUAGUCGCGACUGCGAGUUGAAAUACACCGUUAAUGCUUUGUGCGACUAUCUGCCGAGGAAAGUGGUGCCGUAUUUCUUUGUUCUUCAUGGAAAAGACUAAAAAUGUCGACCGUGCGAACCUCGCACGUAUCGACCCGACUGACGAUCCAGUUGAUCUCUUCAAAGUAUGGCGUGACGAAGCGAUACAAUUUCACGAAGGAAUAGUAGACGUUUGCUGUGUGGCGACUUCCUCCAAACAUUCCAAGAUUAGUUCGAGAAAUUUAUUAUUACGUGAAUUUGAUAACGACGGUUUUGUUAUUAUGACAGAUGCACGUAGCAGAAAAGUCGACGAUAUGGAGCAUAAUCCGUACGUAACUAUGUGCUUUUUAUGGAUUUAUAAAAACGACAAACAGCAUAAAGUUAUGCGACAGGUGAGAAUAGAAGGGUCAAUGAAAAAACUAGAAAAACCGGCUUAUGAAUAUAUGUACGAAAAGGAACCAUUGUACUGCAAGAUCCGAUCUUACCUGUGUCAUCAGGACCAACUGGCCGAUUGGGACGAUUUGAACCGUCGGUACAAUGAAAUAUUAGCAGAAGCAAAAAAGAAUGGAGAAAAUUUGCCAAUGCCAGAUCACUACGUGGCUUAUAAAUUAGCACCCGAAAUGAUGGAAUUUUAUUACGGGCGGGACGAGCUAAUCGCCGAUCGAAUACGCUACGAGAACUCGACCAGAUGUUGGGAACAUCAGAGAAUAGCGGCCUAAUUUUAUAUGGCAUCCUAUCUUUUUAUCGUCAUGAUUUCAAUUUUGUCUUCCUAUCAUAGAUAUUCGGAUAGCGUAUAAAAUGAUCGACAAAUUUGUGAUAUUUUGAGAGUUCUUAGAUGACCCCACUGUAUAAUCAGGUAUUGCACGUUUUUCUUCAAUUCUACAAGAAAUUUUGAUAUAAACUCUCAGAAUCCUAGAACUCAGAAUUUUAGGCCCGCAUUAAUAGUCGGAUCUUAUAUUCAAGAUCGUCUCAAGUUCAUCUUCAGAAGUUUUGUAACCAAUGAAAUAAACUAAGUCUGAAGGUAAACUGAAAUCUUUGAUAUAAGAUCUAGAUCAGAAGACUGUUAAUACGGACCUAAAUCUCCAAAUUCGAAUUUCAAGACAAUUUCUAGAAAUACAACUGUCCGAAAUAUUAAAAAGUACGUAAUACUCAUCAAACUUACUAUGACAUUUUCAUACAUCAAGGCUACUUUCCAUUUUAAAAAACUCCUUCUCUGCUCUGAAUAAAGAUGUUCGAUCGCAA